AGCCAUGUAUGGACGGCAGCCGGUAUUUUUGGACCCGGCCGUUUAUAAAACCUCCCGCACCGACGGAUACUACGUUCAUUAGCACAGUCACAGGAUCAGCAGCCACACAGCCGCAGACCGUCCAGGAUUUUUCAUCGUACCAAGUAACGUAAACCGAAAACAAAAUGUGUGACGACGAUGUAGCAGCUUUGGUAGUCGACAACGGCUCCGGUAUGUGCAAGGCUGGGUUCGCCGGAGAUGACGCACCCCGUGCCGUGUUCCCGUCCAUCGUGGGAAGACCCCGUCAUCAGGGAGUCAUGGUCGGUAUGGGACAAAAAGACAGCUACGUAGGAGACGAAGCCCAGAGCAAACGUGGUAUCCUCACGUUGAAAUACCCCAUUGAACACGGUAUCAUCACCAACUGGGACGAUAUGGAGAAGAUCUGGCAUCACACUUUCUACAACGAAUUGCGUGUGGCCCCAGAAGAGCACCCAAUCCUGUUGACCGAAGCCCCGUUGAACCCGAAGGCUAACCGUGAAAAGAUGACCCAAAUCAUGUUCGAAACUUUCAACACACCCGCCAUGUACGUCGCCAUCCAGGCCGUGCUCUCCCUGUACGCUUCCGGUCGUACCACCGGUAUCGUCUUGGACUCCGGUGACGGUGUCUCCCACACCGUACCCAUCUACGAAGGUUACGCACUGCCCCACGCCAUCCUCCGUCUGGACUUGGCCGGCCGUGACUUGACCGACUACUUGAUGAAAAUCUUGACCGAGAGAGGUUACAGCUUCACCACCACCGCUGAAAGAGAAAUCGUCCGCGACAUCAAGGAGAAAUUGUGCUAUGUCGCCCUGGACUUCGAACAAGAAAUGGCCACCGCCGCGGCUUCCACCUCGUUGGAGAAAUCCUACGAAUUGCCCGACGGACAGGUGAUCACCAUCGGAAACGAACGGUUCCGUUGUCCGGAAGCCUUGUUCCAACCGUCGUUCUUGGGAAUGGAAUCUUGCGGUAUCCACGAGACCGUGUACAACUCGAUCAUGAAGUGCGACGUCGACAUCAGGAAGGACUUGUACGCCAACACCGUACUGUCCGGAGGUACCACCAUGUACCCCGGUAUCGCCGACAGGAUGCAAAAGGAAAUCACCGCGUUGGCUCCCAGCACGAUCAAGAUUAAGAUCAUCGCCCCACCCGAACGUAAAUACUCCGUAUGGAUCGGUGGCUCCAUCUUGGCCUCCCUGUCCACCUUCCAACAGAUGUGGAUCUCCAAACAAGAAUACGACGAGUCCGGCCCAGGAAUCGUCCACCGUAAAUGUUUCUAAGCCAUCACCUCCCAUAACACACAAAAUCAAAAAUCACAAUCACGCUUUAUGUUCAUUUAUACUGAAGAAAACAUAUACUACGUUUUCUUUCUAUUUGUACAUAUCGAGACGAUUCGCGUCGUUUUACACGGGGAUAAAAUAACAGUUCGAUUAUCGGGGAAAAAAACAUGUAUUUAUUAGCACGUUAAUCGUUUCGAAUAAACGUUUCUAUACUAUA